CCUAUAUAGUACGGUUGUACUUAAAAAAUAGUACUGAUCUUGGAGUUCAUCAUAGUUUGGCCAAACUAAAGCUCUCUGUCUGUCUGUCUCUACAUAUAUAUAUGUACUCGAUGCUUGAGAAGGGCUGUAGCUUGGGAUCGAGUUGAAGGGCUACACCUCUAGCUGCAGGAAGAGGACGAUAAAGCAUGAGAGGAUUUGAGAGGAGAGGCGUCCGGCAGUACAACCGGUCCGAUGAGCCGCGGGUGCGGUGGACGGAGGAGCUGCACAGGCAGUUCAUCGAGGCUGUCGACUGCCUCGGUGGCCAGGACGAGGCAACGCCGAAGAGAAUUCUUCAGUUGAUGGGCGCCAAGGGAGUCAGCAUAUCUCACAUCAAAAGCCAUCUCCAAAUGUACAGAUCAAGCUGUAUGAACACCAACACGACCCAUCGAGUUCGAGACCACCGUACCAUUGACGCGUCGUGGAAUGGAUAUGUGAAUGACAUAGCGGCGGCUUCGGACAGGAUCGAGGCUUCUUCUUACACCACACUACCCCGCGGCCAACGCUCGUCCCCGCCGAACCAAAUAGGAGAAGUUUUCGGGAGCUGGGCGCAGAGUAGAGGUCGGCUGCCAUGGAACUCCAACAUGGUAAUCACUCCAUCAGAGAAGUUUUCUGAUUCUCAGGCGACCGGCUGGCCACCUCACGCUGACAGAAGCACCCGUCAGAAGCAGCAGCAGGCAGCAGCGGAAGACUGUGACCUGACGCUGUCGAUCAGGCAUUUGGAGGAGGAGGCCAUGGCGACGAGCAGCGAAGCUGACGGAUCGAGCACGACCACCGAGGAGGCUACCGUGCCAGUGAGGGAUCGAGGGGCCGUCGACCACCGCCGCUCCGCCCGCACCAACACCGUAAACCUUGACCUGAACCUCGACCUUGACGUCUCGUCUUCUUGGCUCUGAUGCGAUCGAUGUCCUCCACGUGUAAAUAUAUAGAGCUACAUGCAUCUUUGUAUAUAUAAUUAUAAAGUUACUUACAUAUUUAGCACCUCAUAUAGCCAUCAUUGUACCAUUGAUCGUGUAGUGUAGUUGUAGAAAGUUUGUGAGAUUUCUUGCUAGCUAUAUGAAUCUCCUGUAGAUGCUCGGCAAUGCGGCUUGGUUGAGGUAUCCGUCUGUAGAUGCUCGAUUUUGGUGCGAUGUCUGAUUGAUAUUCGGUUCGGACAAUCGACACCCCUUCAUCAAAUAAAUAGAAGUAGCGACAUAUGUUGCUAAGAUGAUGAUUUCAAACC